GUUCACGACCUUUCGCUUUCUGUGUGCGCCACGACGAUAAUGGCGGCGGUUCAGGCUGUGCUCUCUGCUCUCGAUGUCUUUAGCCGUGCCCCCGACAAAGCGGCCCUUGAUCAGGCCAAUACCUGGCUUCAAGAUUUCCAGCAUUCCCGCGAUUCAUGGUCGACCUGCAACGUUCUUCUACUCUCCCCGGAUGCGCCUCCGGCAGCGAAGCUCUUUGCAGCGCAGACGUUCCGAGCGAAGGUGACAUAUGACCUCCACGAAAUGGAUCCAGCGGACGUGUUUCGCCUACGAGAUACCCUUGUAACAGCCCUGGAGACAUACCAUGCCGGCCCGCGCACGAUCAUGGUGCAGCUAUGUCUCGCGAUCUCCGGGCUGGCCCUCCAAUUGCCUUCGUGGGAGGACCCAGUGCAGAACAUGAUCGAUUCGUUUGGAAGGAAUCCAGCCACAGUCCCUGCAUUGCUGCACUUCCUCACUAUCCUGCCGGAAGAGCUGUGCACCAACACCAAAAUCCCCGUCACUGAUGAUGAAUACAAAGAGCGAGCAAACCAGUUGCUUACGUCAAAAGCGGUGGCCGUGGUGAACCUGCUCUCGAUGUACUUGCAGGCACCAGGCGUCACGAGCACGAUACAAGCUCAGAUAUUCGCCUGUCUCAGUAGCUGGCUUGCUGCUGGAGAGGUCACUGCCAUGUCCUUGGUUGAUAGCCCGCUUCCGGGCUUCGCGUUCGAUGCCCUGGUGUCGGAUGAGCUUUUCGACUCGACAGUGAACGUGAUCUGUGACCUCAUCCAUGAAACCAAGAGGCGGGGAGACGUACCGCAGCCUUUGCUGCAUCACCCCGAGACGUUCUUCCCCAUUGUCGAAGCCAUCGGUGACUGCACUGCGUACCAAGACUUGGACAUUGUCCCCAUUACAUUCCACUUCUGGAUGCGCCUUGCCCAGAACAUCGGCAAGAAGCCCUCGGUCCCCUCCCUUCUUGGACGCAUACAAGGCACUUAUGGGCGUCAUCAUCCAGCACCUCCACUUCCCGAAGGAUCUCAGCACCUGACUGGCCAGGAGGCCGAGAAUUUCCGUUCGUUCCGACAUGUUAUGGGCGACACGCUGAAGGACUGCUGUUACGUACUCGGUGCAGACACAUGCCUCCUCGCCACAUACGACAUGAUCACCGCGGCACUCGCGCGUGCGCCGCUGUUCUCUAUGAGGUCGAUGGGGGCCGAAAUUGAUCCCACGGACGACAAGGCGGUCCCGAAGAUCAUGGAUCUCAUUCCGUCGCUACCGGCUCAUCCCCGCGUCCGCUACGCCGCUCUCCUCAUCAUCUCUCGGUACACACAGUGGAUCAACAGACACCCAGACUACAUCCCGUACCAGCUGCAAUACAUCUCCGCUGGCUUCGAUGAUGCCGAUACUGAGGUGAACGCGGCUGCGGGGCAAGCGUUGAAAUACAUGUGCGAGGAUUGCAAACAGCACCUCGUAGACUUCCUUCCCCAGUUGCACCAGUUCCUUGCCACUGACGACAGGCUCAUGGUGUAUGAAGCGAUCGCGCAUGUCAUCUCGGCUAUGCCAAUGGAGCAGGCAGCUCAGUCUCUGCGCACCUUCUCUUCUGACAUCCUAGCCCAAGUGCACGCGAUUGCUGCUAAGCCAACGCCUGCGACAAAGGAUGAAUUGCAGUCCGUCUGCAAUGCCCUCGAGAGUCUUGAGGUAAUGCUUGGCGUCAUCCAGACGUUCGAAAGCGCCCAGGAGGGCUGGAGCUUCUUCGACCCAUUCAUCGUGAAGUACGGAUCGGACUACGCUAUCUGCGAACGCAUACACGGGGACGGCCCGGCCAAUAUUGCCAUUGUGCUGAAGCGGAUGUCGGCUGCAUUCGAAGCUACCGGAUUCUCGAGUUAUCUGUGGAUAGUCGGGAAGAUCAUCGGCCGCUUUGGCCAUGACGAGGAUCCUGCGCUGCGCGCAGCGUUCAAGGAAGUAUUCGAGCAUUCAUCAAACAAGCUUGUGCGACUACUGCAAGAAAAACUCCAGCUAGCAUUCCGGAUGCACACAGAUUACCUACAGAUGUUGCUCCAAAUGCUCGACUAUGCUCCCGACGUCUUUUUCCCGUCGCCCGCCCUUCCUGUUGCCUUCCAAGCUGCAUUGGCGGCGCUCACCGUUGUGCAUACUGACAUCAUCUUCGCAGCCCUCGACCUCAUUCGCGGCAUACCUGUCGUACAGAAGGCGGGUCCGGAGCUGACGAGCUACCUGCUGUCAGGCAUGGUGGGGGACUUCCCCGAGGAGUCGGCAUCGACGGUGGUCACGAUCUUCCGCCAACUGGCUAUCCUCUGGCAGCAAGAGCUGCUCUCAUGGUUGCCUAUGAUCCUGCAACAGCUGCCGGCGACAGCUGUUCCUGACCAGGCGAAAGCGCAGUUCCUUACGGAUAUGAACAGCGCGAUCCAGUCGGCCGAAUACGAUCGGGUGAAACGUGCGAUACUGGCGUUGCACCGAGCAUCGCGCAAGGCGCGCGACCGGAGACGAACGGCUCCCUUCGAGGCGUAGUUAGAGCGGGUCCUUGUUGAGAGAGAGAAGAUGUACCAUCUUGUGUUGUAUCGUAGAGAAGCGUGCAAUGGAUAUUUUCUGGGAGCUGA